AUGGCCCUGGUGGGUUAUGGGUACUGGUUGGAGAAAGAGGAGGUGGGGCUACAAAUCUCUGACUCGCACCUAAAGCUGUCAGUGGCGCCCUGGGGGCCCUCAGGCGUCAGCCAGCACGGUCACCUUGGAUUGGUGGACGUGCAGGCGGGAGAGAAUGUGGAGAUGCCCUCCACCCCAUCACCAUCAUCACCCUGCUGCGCUCUGAAGCACCCUGCAGCGUGGCAUCCCGGUGAGGUGUCGGUCAAGAGGGCGGAGUUGGCCAUUUUCAACUCCAACACAACCAUCAAGUUUGCUGACGACACAGCUGUGGCAGGCCUGAUCACAGAUAACAGUGAAAAGACCUAUCUGAGGGAAGUAGAGGACCUGACCUGCUGUUGUCAGGAUAACAAACUCCUCCUGAAUAUUCUGAGGAAUUUCUACCCUUGCACCAUCAGGAGUGUCCUGAUAGGGAACAUCACUGCCUGGUACAGAAACAGUGCCGAACAGGACCACAAGGCCCUGGUUUUGGUGAGUGAGGACUCGGACGGAGAGGGAGUGGUGGCUCACUUCCCAGCCCAUGACAAACCCAUAUCCUGCAUGCAAUUCAACCCCAGUGGAAUGCUGCUGGUGACUGCCGACACUCUGGGCCACGAUUUUCACGUCUUCCAGAUUCUCACCCACCCAUGGGCGUCCUCACAGAGCGCUGUUCACCAUCUCUAUACCCUGCAUCGUGGGGAAACUGAGGCCAAGGUCCAGGACAUGUGUUUCAGCCAGGAUAGCCGCUGGGUAGCCAUCAGCACCCUCCGCGGCACCACCCAUGUAUUUCCCGUAAACCCCUACGGCGGUGCACCCUGUGCCCGAACUCACAUGUCCCCGCGGGUGGUCAACCGGAUGUCACGCUUCCAAAAGAGCGCCGGCCUGGAAGAGAUCGAGCAGGAGCUGAACAGGGCGGCUGCGUUAGGAGGAGGGGCAGGAGGAGGAGGAGGAGGCGGCAUAGGAGGAGGUGGCUGCAUCCUGGGUGGAGGAGGAGGCAUCGGAGGCCGCUGUAGCCCCAUACCUGGUCUGUCUAGCAGCCCCUCGGGGUCUCCACUGCAUGGCAAGCUGAGCAGCCAGGAUUCAUACAACAACUUCACCAAUAACAAUAUGGGCAACCCGCGGCUGUCCCCGCUGCCCAGCCUCACUGUGGUGCUGCCUCUGGCUCAGAUCAAACAGCCCAUGACCCUUGGCACCAUCACCAAACGCACUGGCAAAGCUAAGCCACCCCCUCAGAUCUCCCCGAGCAAGUCCAGUGGAGGAGAGUUCUGUGUGGCUGCCAUCUUUGCCUCGCCUCGCUCCUGGUUCAUCACCAACCCCAAUAUGAAAAGAGAGAAAGAUCAGUCCAGGCAGUCGGUUGUUGACUCGCUGUACAUCAUCAGUUGCUAUGGUAACUUAGUGGAGCAUGUCCUGGAGCCUCGGCCAAUUAGCACCGCUCAAAAGAUUAGCGAUGACACACCUUUGGAACUCAGCACCUGUCCAAGGGCCUGCUGGACUUUAGCCAGGACUCCACAGUGGAAUGAGCUGCAGCCACCCUUCAACUCUAACCACCCGUUGGUGCUGGCCUCAGACCUGGUGCAGUACUAUCAGUAUCUUCUGGCUGCAAUGCCUCCAGGAAGCCCAGGCCCAAUCACGCGCCACGAGUCGUCAGACAGCCUGGCGUCGGGCCACAGUGGCCAGGAGGACGAGGAGUGGCUUUCUCAGGUGGAGAUUGUGACCCAUACAGGGCCCCACCGGCGCCUGUGGAUGGGCCCCCAGUUUCAGUUUAAGACCAUUCACCCUUCAGGUCAGACCACAGUAAUCUCCUCCUCGUCCUCAGUCCUUCAAUCCCAGGGUCCCACUGAUGUCCAGCAGCCCCUGUUGGACUUUGACACAGAUGACCUGGACCUACACAGCCUCAGGAUCCAGCCGGUACGUUCAGAGCCAGUCAGCAUGCCCGGCUCGUCACGGCUGGUGCCUGAUCGCAGAGGACAGUCCAACAUCAUGGACUCAGGAUCAGGUCCGUUUGACGGGCGGGGUGUGACUCUGCUGGAAGUAUAUGGUAGCUGGCCGGAGAGCUUCAGCGUGCCGCGGCACAACGUAGGCUCAGCGGAUGCCAGCGACGAAGGCCUCCGGGAGAGACUGGCCGACGCCAUGUCUGAGUCACCCUCCAGGGAUAUAGUAGGAUCUGCUACAGGUCAGUAG